AUGCAUUGGAUUGGUGUGUGUUGUUUUUGGUCAUUAUUAGUUUUCGUUUCGUCCGAUACUCAUAAUUCGACAAACAAACGGACGUUUAUUGUAGACUAUGAAAAAAAUGAAUUCCUAAAAGAUGGAGAAGUGUUCCGAUACGUUUCAGGUGAUUUGCACUAUUUUCGGAUUCCUAAACCUUAUUGGAAAGACAGAAUUCAAAAAAUAAAAGCCGCAGGCUUAAAUGCUAUAACAACUUAUGUGGAAUGGAGCUUACACGAACCAUUCCCUGGCACAUACAAUUUCGAAGGGAUGGCUGACUUGGAGUAUUUUAUAAAAUUGAUCCAAGACGAAGGCAUGUACCUACUCUUGAGGCCUGGUCCAUAUAUAUGUGCUGAACGUGAUUUCGGUGGAUUUCCAUAUUGGUUAUUGAACGUUACGCCCAGGGGGAGCUUGAGGACCAAUGAUUCGAGUUAUAAAAAAUAUGUUUCACAAUGGUUUAAUGUGCUUAUGACGAAAAUGCAACCUCAUUUUUAUGGAAAUGGUGGAAAUAUCAUUAUGGUCCAGGUGGAGAAUGAGUAUGGGAGUUUCUACGCCUGUGAUUCAGGAUACAAACUGUGGUUACGGGAUUUAGUCAAAGGCUACGUAGAAGAUAAAGCUCUACUCUAUACAAUUGAUAUAUGCAACCAGAGAAAUUUCGACUGUGGUCCCAUUCCAGAAGUGUACGCGACCGUUGAUUUCGGAGUUUCGGCAAACGCUUCCAAAUGUUUUGACUUUAUGAAAAACUUUCAAAAAGGUGGACCACAUGUCAACUCCGAAUUUUAUCCGGGUUGGUUGGCUCAUUGGCAGGAACCACAUCCCAAAGUGAAGUCGGACGAUGUUGUGAAGCAAAUAAAAUCAAUGCUAUCAUUUAACGCUUCGUUUAGUUUUUAUAUGUUUCACGGAGGUACAAAUUUUGGAUUUACGUCUGGCGCCAACACUCUCAACGAUACCGAUGCGAACGUUGGGUAUAUAUCUCAGCUAACAUCAUACGACUAUGAUGCUCCGUUGACCGAAGCUGGUGACCUGACAGAAAAAUAUUUCAGAAUAAAACAGACGCUCGAGAAUGCCAAAUAUCCCGGUCUGGUACCAGAGUAUGUCGGCGAUAUAUCUCCAGUUCCAAUGCUUAAAGCAGCUUAUGGCACAUUCUACUUACAACCAUUGGUUAGUAUAUUUGAAAAAAUUACUCAGCAGAUCAAACCGGUGUUAAGCGUUAAACCUUUAACGUUUGAAGGGAUGGAUAUCAACACUGGAUUCGUUAUGUACGAAACAAUAUUAUUAAAUAAGUUCCACAACUCAGUGAAUCUAACAGUGAACUCCGUAAGAGAUCGAGCAAUCAUAUACAUGGAUCAAGUACAAGUGGGCACUAUGAAUCGAUUAAAAGGAAACACGACCAUACUUUUAAACUUAAAAAAACAUUCUGCUCAAAAACUGAGUAUUUUGAUUGAGAACCAAGGAAGGAUCAACUACGGAGAUUUCAUCGAAGACAGAAAGGGAAUUUUGGGUCACGUACUUCUUGACAAUGAAAAAGUGGGCCCGUGGAAGAUGAUUGCUCACCCUCUGAAUGAAACGUCUUGGCUUUCUUCAAUCAAACCAGUGGAAAAUGUCCAAGUACCGGCAUUUUAUAGAACAGAGUUCACUUUGCCAGAGAAGUACAAUACGAGUACCGUAGAUACUUAUCUGGAUACUUCAGGUUGGACUAAGGGAGUAGCAUUUUUAAAUGAUAUAAAUCUGGGUCGAUAUUGGCCGCUCGCUGGACCUCAGUUUACACUCUACGUACCAGCUACUUUUCUAAAGCCACCUCCCGCUGUCAAUACACUUGUCAUGUUUGAACUUGAAAGAGCGCCUCAAGACUUGUCCAUUAAGUUUGUAGACACGCCGAAUAUCAACGGCACCAUAAACACGUAGAUUAAAAGACAUAUUAUGUUGUAUAUGUUACUAAAUUAGGUAUUUAUUUCAAGUAUGAUGUCGAUAACCUUGUUUUUGCUGAUAAUAAGUUCUGUAUGAUCAUUAAUUUUCAUCAAGAAACUCAUUUUUAUAGGGUAGAUUGAUAAAUUAUUGAUACACAGUUAUAGAAGGUUAUAUUAUUAUAGUUGAAUAAAUUAAAACCUAUUUUAAUUAAGUAUUCGAGAUAUCCAGAUGUAUCAGUCAUUUAAUUUAUACAAAGGAUUUUAGUCGUAAUGUGUAAUGAAUAAAACGAUGAAUCGUGGAAACUAAAUCAGAAUUU